UAGUUUCCCGCCAAAUGUUUUCUCUUCUUUCCAACCCUUCAACAUUCUUCACCAUUAAUGUCAAAUCUUCAAGCAUUUCAAGAAACAGAUUCAAUUCCAUAAAAAUGAAGAUAGACAAAAACUACUGGCUUCUCAAAACCGAACCAGGAGAAUGGUCAUGGGAAGAUCAAGCUGUCAACGGAGGUAUCUCCAAAUGGGACGGCGUAAAAAACAAACAAGCACAAAAAAACCUCAAAUCUAUGCGUCUCAACGACCUCUGUUUCUUCUACCAUUCCGGCUCCAAAUCCCGUCGAGUUGUAGGAGUCGUCUCCGUCGUUCGCCAGUGGUACGAUGAUGGCGACGAUGGCGACGGUGCCGUGGAUGUGAAAGCGGUUGCAGAGAUGAAGCGGCCAGUUGAUUUGAAGGAGAUGAAGGCCGAUGGUGAUUUGAAGAAGGAUUUUGCGCUUUUCCGGCAGCCUAGAUUGUCAGUUGUACCUGUUCCGGUGAUUGUAUGGAAUCGGAUCUGUGAGAUUGGUGGUGGUUAUGGAGAAGAUAAUGGUAGCGAUGAAGAAGAAGACGAUGAAGGUUAAGAUAUGAAAUGCAUAUAAGGUGUUUGUGUUAAUGCCGCUUAAGUUUUUUUUG